CCUGGUUGAUGCAGGGCUGAUGAUCAAUGUUGCCUACCCUCCUUUUCUGGGAGAGAAGAGAGACAUUGACCUCAUUAUUGUACUGGAGAACAGCGCUGGAACAAUGUUUGAGACUCUGACUCUGGCCAGAGAAUAUGCUGCGGAGUUAAAGAAGCCUUUCCCUGAGAUAGACGAUAAGGUCCUGGAGGAGAGAGAGUGGCCAAAGGACUGCUACGUGUUUGAGGGAAAAGAGAAGGAGCCUACAAUCGUGUACAUGCCGCUCUUCAAUAGACGGAACUGCCACGGUCUGUGACGCACACAUACACACACAUACACACA